AUGCUUCGAGUAAUUCAAGCUCAAAAGGUUUUUGAGGCAUUAGAAUGUGGUGAAAUUGAAAGUGGGCAAGGUUUGAAUCAAGAGCUUGGUUUGGGGAGGCCCGGUCAAACUCGAUGGGGGUCACACUACAAAAAUAUUUUGAAUAUCACUACUUUGUAUUCUACAAUCAUGAAGGUACUUGAAAUGAUUGGCAAGAAUCCCUUGUAUGCGGAUGAUCGUGGGAAAGCUCAAGCUAUUAUGGAGAAAUUUGAGUCAUUCGAGUUCAUUUUCAUGACACACUUGAUGCUAGAAAUAUUUGGGUAUACGGAAUUCUUAAGUCAAUCUUUGCAAAGGAAAGACCAAAAUAUUGUUAAUGCCAUGGCUCUUGUUUCUUUGACUAAGGAACGUUUGCAAAAGAUGAGAGAUCAUAAAUGGGAGGUAUUUUUCCAAAAUGUUUGUUCUUUUUGUGCUAAACAUGAGAUUGAAGUUCCCGAUAUGGAUGCCUUGUAUGUUCCCAAGGGAAGAUCAAAACGUUUCUUUGCUAAGGUUACAAAUCUUCAUCGUUUUCGUAUUGAAAUGUUUUUAAGUGUCAUUGAUUUGCAACUUCAAGAGCUUAACAAUAGGUUUAAUGAGGUGAAUAUGAAAUUGCUACUUUGUAUGGCUUGCUUGAGUCCCACCAAUUUGUUUUCUCUUUUUGAUGAGAUGAAGUUGUAA